AUGACAGCCCCAAAGCGCACAGCCUACACCGGCUCUGCUCCCGCGGGCCCGGGCCUGAUCUACGCCUCCUCGCACAUCACCUCCCCGGACCUCACCCCGGACGUCUUCAACAGGUGGUACAACGAGCACCACAUCCCUGACGUGCUGGCCACGGGCGCCGUCUCGCACGCCGCCCGCUGGGAGGUCGCAGACCGGGACCCGGCCACGCGCGGGCCGGACCCGUACCUCGCGACGUACCGGGUGCCGGACAUGCGGGCGCUGCAGGGCGAGGCGUUUGCCAGGAUCCCCAUGACGCACGAGCUUCUCCCUGGCGGCGGCGGGAGCGGGACCGCGGAAGGGGGGGAGCAAGAGGACGUGGGUGGCGGGAAGACGGUGCAUGGUAGUGUGGAUAUCGAUACUUGCUUUUACGAGCUUGUCGAGGUGUUUGAGAAGGUGAAGCACGAUGAGGCCUUUGCGACGCACAUCAUCUCGGCCGGCAUGACACCAAAGGACGCCGCGGCCAGUGACGACAUGGACCGGUGGUAUCGCGAGGAGCACAAUGAGCAGAUGUCGCUGGAGCCCGGGUGGAUUCGGUCGACGCGUUACAAGCUCGCCUUUCAUGUCAAGAGCGUCGGCGGGGACAAGGCCGCGAGAGGAGACGCGCCGGAGUGGAUGACGUUGCACGAGUUUGGCGAGGGCAACACUCUGGGGGAGAAGGUCGCGCCACUGGUGCCAAUCUCGGACUGGACGAGGAAGGUCAUGGGAGACAUGACCAGCAUUGAGGCUUAUGUAUGGAGGCGGACGAAGGGGUGGACGAAGUGA